AUGCCCUGGAUGGUCGUAGUCAACGUGGGCGACUUCAUCGGCGCCGAUCAGGAAAAGACGGUGGGCUACUUCAUCGGCGCCGAUCAGGAAAAGACGGUGGGCUUUGUCCCCGGUUGCUUAGGCCCCGGCAGAUCAAAUAGAACUCACGAGCCGAUCAACGGCCGCGAGUACAUCGAGAUGCGCCUGGAUGGGGCUUACCAAGGAUGCUGA